GUAAUAAUAGUCACACAGCUAUGCCCCCUGGUAGCAUCACCGCUUUGCUAAAAAUUCCCGCUUGACCUUCACUCCUGGAAGGCACCACAGGCUGGUCACACGGCGAAGCAGAAGAAGAGACAAACGGUUGUGUCGGCUCCUGUCUGGUGGGACUUAUUUAAGCAACACCCACCGGUGGCUGGCGGGGUGGGUGUCUGGGUGUCUGGGUGUCUGGGUGUCUGGCUUGAGCGCUCCGUGGAAAAUAUGCCCCAGGAGGACUCGGCCAGUUGACACGCAAGACAUGGACGCUGAUGUGUUUCCUCAGGGAGAUUUUUAGCCUCGGUUAAAGGGAGCUCGAACCGUGGGUUCCCCCCCGUCGUUGUUGUUGUUCUCCGCUAUGGACGGGACGGCCGUGUGCUGGAGCAAAGCCAGUGUCAUCAGCUUCAUCAAGGGCCUGGCAUCACCCGUCGGGAACGGCUACAGCAAACCCCCCAUCGCUCCCGUCUGCAGUCCUCAGGGAGAGAAGGGGCCCCCGGUCAUGAUGCCGAUCAGCGUGGACCCGGAGAGCAAACCGGGCGAGUACGUCCUCAAGAGCCUGUUUGCCGUCUUCGCCACCGUAUCGGAACGCAAGAUUCGAAUCAUCAUGGCGGAACCGCUGGAAAAACCUUUAACAAAGUCUCUCCAGAGGGGUGAAGAUCCUCAGUUUGACCAAUUAUUAAGCACCAUGAGCUCCUUGGCUGAGUACUGCCUCCCCUCCAUCCUCCGAACUUUAUUCGACUGGUACAAAAGACAAAACGGCCUGGAGGAGGAGUUGCACGAGUACCGUCCCAGAGCUAACACCAAGUCCAAAAAUGAUGAGCAGCAGAGAGAUUAUUUACUUGAAAGGAGGGACUUGGCCAUCGACUUUAUCUUCUCCCUCGCACUCAUAGAAGUUCUUAAACAGAUGCCAUUGCACCCAGUCCUGGAUGGUUUGGUCCAUGAGGUCAUCACCGUAGCCUUUAAGCACUUUAGAUACAAAGAAGGAUAUCACGGUCCUAACACUGGCAACAUGCACACUGUAGCUGACCUCUAUGCUGAGGUUAUCGGAGUAUUGGCUCAGUCCAAGUUCCCUGCCGUGAAGAAGAAGUUCAUGACUGAGCUGAAGGAGCUGAGACAGAAGGAGCAGAGUCCAUAUGUAGUCCAGAGUACUAUUAGCCUCAUCAUGGGGGUCAAGUUCUUCCGUAUUAAGAUGUAUCCCGUGGAGGAUUUUGAAGCUUCUUUUCAGUUCAUGCAGGAUUGUGCUCAGUGCUUCCUGGAUGUGAAGGACAAGGACAUUAAACAUGCCUUGGCUGGGCUCUUUGUGGAAAUUUUAGUUCCUGUCGCUGCGGCGGUGAAGAAUGAGGUGAACGUGCCCUGCUUGAGGAACUUUGUGGACAGCUUAUACGACUCGACCCUCGAACUGUCCGCCAGAAAAAAGCACUCUCUGGCUUUUUACCCGCUGGUGACGUGCCUACUGUGUGUCAGCCAGAAGCAGUUCUUCCUCAACAGGUGGCACGUCUUCCUCAACAACUGCCUGUCAAAUCUGAAGAGUCGAGACCCUAAGAUGGCUCGCGUUGCACUGGAGUCUCUGUAUCGCCUGCUGUGGGUUUACAUGAUCAGGAUCAAAUGUGAGAGCAACACCACAACCCAAGGUCGCCUCAACACCAUCAUAACAACACUUUUCCCAAAAGGAUCUCGGAGCGUUGUUCCGAGAGACAUGCCUCUUAAUAUCUUUGUUAAAAUUAUACAGUUUAUUGCACAGGAAAGACUUGAUUUUGCCAUGAAAGAAAUAAUAUUUGAUCUUCUGUGUGUCGGCAAACCCGCCAAAGCCUUCAGUCUUAAUCCAGAGAGAAUGAACAUCGGUUUGAGAGCAUUCCUGGUCGUCGCCGAUAAACUUCAGCAGAAGGACGGCGAGCCGCCGAUGCCCAACACGGGUUGUACUCUACCGUCGGGGAACACGCUACGAGUGAAGAAGACGUACCUGAGUAAAACGCUGACGGACGAGGACGCUAAAGUCAUCGGGAUGUCCCAGUAUUACUAUCACGUGAGGAAGUCUAUGGACAACAUCCUGAGGUACCUGGAUAAGGAGGUGGGACGCUGCAUGAUGAUGACCAACGCUCAGAUGCUGAACAAGGAGCCCGAGGACAUGAUCACCGGUGAAAGGAAACCCAAGAUCGACUUGUUCAGGACGUGCCUCGCCGCCAUCCCUCGCAUGCUGCCGGACGCCAUGUCCAAGACCGAGCUUAUAGAUCUGCUGUCACGCUUGACGAUCCACAUGGACGACGAGCUCCGUCUCAUAGCUCAGAACUCCUUACAAAGCCUGCUGGUGGAUUUCUCCGACUGGCGCGACGACGUUCUGUUCGGAUUCAUCAACUUCCUGUUACGUGAGGUCCAAGACGCCCACCAGGGGCUGUUGGACGCUUCGCUCAAACUUCUGCUGCAACUGCUCUCACAGUGGAAACUCACUGCGGCGGCCGCGGGGAAGAACUGUGAUGUCACUAAGCUGCUCCAGACAAAGAUGGUCCCAGAACGAGGACCCCAUGCUGCUGUUCUUCACGCCGUGGAAGGUCUGGCCCUCAUGCUGCUUUGCUCCUGUCAGCUCAGCACACGGAGACUCGCUAUCGUCAUCCUCAAGGAGAUCCGUAGCCUUUUUUCCGUUAUCGGACAAUCCGAGGAUGAUGAUAAACCAAUGAUUGAGGUCAUGGACCAACUCAGUCCGGUGAUACUCCAGAACUUGGUCCACGUUGUUGUCUCUGACACACCGCCGCACGCUAACACGUCCGCCGGCCACCACAACGUGGACCUUCAGUGGCUCGUGGAGUGGAACGCUCGUCUCGUGAACAGUCACUACGACAUCCGUAGCCCCUCCCACGUUUGGAUCUUGGCGCAGUCGGUGAAAGACCCGUGGGUGCUGUGCAUGUACGGUUUUCUCCGGCAAGACCACCUACCCAAGCACUGCCCCGCCGCCCUCAGCUACGCGUGGCCCUACGCCUUCACCCGGAUGCAGACGCUCAUGCCCGUGGUGGACCCCAAUAAUCCGGUCAAUGCAAAAAAAACCAGCACGUCCGGCAGCACCGACAAUUACGUGACCCUGUGGAGGAACUACUUGAUCCUUUGCUUGGCUGUCGCCAAGCCCAGCGUCAUGAGCCACGGACACCUGAGAGCGUCGACAUCUGAGAUCACCACAGCCACGCCCGACACCGCGGUCGGCUACGAUAACAAGGUCGCCACAGGCUGCCCCUCUGUUGCUUGGCUCCUGAAGCAACUGGUUCCACACAUGAGGGCGGAGAGCGUGGAGUUGACGGAAUCAUUAGUUGUGGGUUUCGGUCGCACCAAUUCCCUGGUCUUCAGGGAACUUGUGGAGGAACUUCAUCCACUCAUGAAAGAGGCACUGGAAAGAAGACCAGAGAACAAGAAGCGGCGUGAGCGUCGGGACCUCCUGCGACUUCAAUUGUUGCGCAUCUUUGAGCUACUUGCUGACGCCGGCGUCAUCAGCGACAGUACAAACGGUGCUCUUGAACGCGACACCCUCGCCCUUGGCGCUCUCUUCCUGGAGUACGUGGAUCUGACCCGGAUGCUUCUGGAAGCCGAGAAUGAUAAAGACGCGGAGAUUCUGAAGGAUAUCCGAGCUCACUUCAGCGCCAUGGUAGCCAACCUCAUCCAGUGUGUGCCAGUGCACCACAGGCGCUUCCUGUUUCCACAGCAGAGUCUGCGUCAUCAUCUCUUCAUCCUCUUCAGCCAAUGGGCAGGCCCCUUCAGCAUCAUGUUCACCCCUUUGGACCGAUACAGUGACAGAAAUCACCAGAUCACCAGAUAUCAGUACUGCGCCUUGAAGGCCAUGUCCGCUGUUCUGUGCUGCGGCCCGGUCUUUGACAAUGUGGGCCUCUCUCCAGACGGGUACCUCUACAAGUGGCUGGACAACAUUUUAGCCUGCCAGGACCAACGAGUGCACCAGCUUGGAUGCGAGGUCAUCAUCUUGCUUCUGGAACUGAAUGCAGACCAGGUCAACCUCUUCAACUGGGCUGUGGAUCGCUGCUACACUGGGUCAUACCAACUGGCCUCAGGUUGCUUCAAAGCCAUUGCGACAGUUUGUGGGAGCAGGAACUACCCAAGCGAUGUGGUGACGCUGCUCAACCUGGUGCUCUUCAAGGCAUCGGACCCCAACAGGGAGAUUUAUGAGAUUUCCAUGCAGCUAAUGCAGAUUCUCGAGGCGAGGUUGUUUGUGUUCUCCAAGAAGAUCUCUGGCCAGAAGCCCGGCAGCAUCCUCUACGGAACCCACGCUCCGUUGCCGCCUCUCUACAGCGUGUCGCCCCCUCAACUGUCCAUCCAGCUGGCCAGGAUGUACCCUGAACUCACGCUGCCUCUAUUCUCAGAGGUUAGCCAGAGGUUCCCCACCACCCACCCCAACGGGAGGCACAUCAUGCUCAGCUAUCUCCUUCCCUGGCUUGGCAACAUCGAGCUGGUCGAUAGCGGUCUGCCGGUCCCGGCCUUCGUACCAUCGACCUCCGAUUAUGACUCCUCUUUCCGGGGGAGUACCUCCUCUUCUUCCCAGCAUCUGAGGGGCAGCGGCUGGGGUUGCUUGCAGGCCACAUCCAUGGUGCUCAACAACCUCAUGUACAUGACCGCCAAAUACGGAGAUGACUUACCUGGAUCUGAAAUGGAAAACGCCUGGAAUGCGUUGGUGUGCAAUGAAAAGUGGAACAACAACCUGAGGACCGCGCUGCAGUUUCUCAUCAGCUUAUGCGGCGUCAGCAGUGACACCCCCCUCCUGCCGUUUAUCAAGAAAGUCGUGAUCUACCUUUGUCGAAACAACACCAUGCAAACCAUGGAGGAGCUGCUGUUGGAGUUGCAGCAGACAGAACCAGUCAACCCCGUGGUGCAGCACUGCGACAGCCCGCCUUUUUAUCGCUUUACCGCCACCAGCAAAGCCGCCGCCGUCGCAGCUUCAGGUACUACAUCCAGUAGCAACACUGUUGUGGCAGGCCAGGAGAACUUGGUGGAUUCAGAAGAUAGCAAAGCAAAGGACAAUGACGAGAGGUUCAGCCACGUGACUCGAGCUCACAGUCGCCUGGAAUCCCGCUACAGCAAUAGCUCAGGAGGAUCGUACGACGAAGAUAAGAGUGAACCGCUGCCUCCUUACGCCGACUGGCUGACCAUCGUCACGGAAAGCAACCAGCCCCAUCCUCUACCUAUGCCUGUAAAUGGUGGCUGUUGGGCUCCUCUGGUGGACUUCCUGCCCGAGACCCUGGCCCCCAGAGGACCCCUGCACAGGUGUAAUAUAGCAGUUAUACUCAUGACGGAGAUGGUAGUGGACCACAGCGUCAGAGAGGACUGGGCCUUGCACCUCCCCUUGCUGCUGCAUGCCUUAUUUUUGGGCAUGGAUCACUACCGUCCGGAGGUGUUUGAGCACAGCAAGCGUCUCCUCCUCCACCUCCUCAUCACCUUGUCCUGCCACAACAAUUUCCAGUCCGUGGCCUCCGUGCUGCUGCAGACGCGUGAGCUCCACGGCGCCAAGACCCUCACUUCCAAGGCCGGCCUUCAUCCCGAGCCUUUAACAUCAGGAGGUUUUGACUUUCUAAGGGAGUGUCAGGCGUCCCCGGUACCAGACUCCGGUCUCAGCUCCUCCUCCACAUCCUCCAGUCUGAGUUUAGUGGGCAGCACCAGCAACCUGCCCGAGAUGGCACACCAAGUGGACAAGUUCACAGCCCACACGACCACGGACGAGAAGAUAAACAGGCUCAUUGAGUUUUUAACCGCAAGUUCCCACGGACCCCUGUGGUGCCACGAAGACAUCUCACCCAAGAAUCAAAUCUCCAAAAGUACCAGCCAGUUGACAAACUUCCUCCGCCAUGUGGUGUCCGUCUUCAAGGAAUCAGAUGUUCACCUGGAGCAGCAGCUCAGCGACGUGGCUCUGCACACGGCCUUGUGCAGCUCUUCGCGUCACUAUGCCGGGCGUUCAUUCCAGGUGUUUCGCGCCCUCCGUCAGCCCAUUUACGCACACGCCGUGUCGGAUUUGCUCUCCAGGUUGGUGGAGGUUGUUGGAGAACACGGAGAGGAGGUGCAGGGAUACGUGAUGGAAGUGUUACUCACCCUGGAAUCCGUGGUGGACAACUUGGCCGAGUGCUUAAAGAACAACGACCUCACGGCCAUCUUAACCAGAGCAUCAUCUCCAGACCUCCUCGCCACAUUGAAGCUGAUGUCCAACAGGAAAAGCACCGGCCAGCUCAACCUCCGCAGAGACGAGCGUAAUCGGCACCAGAGAAGCUCCUCGGUUCCCAAGAAGUUUGGCGAGACGGACAGGUGGUCUGACCCUCCUCGCAGCGCCACCCUGGACCGCAUUCAGGCCUGCGAGCAGCAGCUUAUGUCGGGCAAAAGCCGCAGCAGCCCCCCAUCGUCCUCCAAGGAGAACAUCUCCGACCCCAGCAACGUGAACCAUCCCGGUAACCUCCUGGCCACCGUCUUCUGGGUGGCCGUGUCGCUGAUGGAGUCGGACUUUGAGUUCGAGUACCAGAUGUCCUUGAGGCUGCUCAACAAGCUGCUGGGUCACGUGUCGCUGGACAAAGCGGAAAACCGGGAGAAGCUUGAGAAGCUGCAGGUCCAGCUGAAGUGGAGCGGCUUUGCUGGGCUCCAACAGCUCUUGCUCAAGGGCUUCACGUCUGUGGCCACCACCGACCUCACGCUGCAGCUCUUCUGGCAGCUCACGCCUGUGUCGCGCGUGGCUGUGGUGGACACUUCGCAAGUCAUUGGGUUCCCCUUGAAUGUCCUCUGCCUGCUUCCACAUCUGGUACAGAAUUUUGACGCCCCCACCCACUUCUGUCAGGAUGUCGCCGAGAGGAUCGCUCAGGUGUGCCUGGAGGAGAAGAACGCCAAGCUUUCCAACCUGGCCCACGUCAUGACUCUUUACAAGACGGGGUCCUACACCCGGAACUGCUGCUCCUGGAUCAACGUGGUGUGCCGCUAUCUUCACGAGGCCUUCUCGGACAUCACCCUCAGCCUGGUCACCUACAUGGCGGAGCUGCUGGAGAAAGGUCUACCCAGCAUGCAGCAGACCAUUUUGCAAAUGAUCUACAGUCUCCUGAGUCACAUGGACCUCAGUGGAAUUCAGGCCAAGCCCUUCAACAUGGAGGUGCUCAAAACCAUUGAGAAGUUUGCCCAGAGCGUCCACUGGAGGGAAGCGUUGAACAUUCUAAAGCUGGUGGUGAGUCGCUCGGCCAGCUUGGUGCGACCUUCCAGCGACCUUUCCUACGAGGACAUCAGCAGAGUUUGGGAACGCUCCUCCAAGGCCUUGCCCGGAAAAACGCUCCACUUCCACUUUGACAUAUCGGAGACGCCCGUGAUUGGCCGACGCUACGAUGACUUGCACGCUUCCUCCGGGCGAGACGGGAGAAGUCGAACCGCGGCAGUGACCCGCAGCGCCUCGUCCAGCUCCUCAGGAUCCACGGGCAACAACGUUCUGGUUCCCGUCAGCUGGAAGAGGCCUCAGUCUUCCCAGAAAAGAACUCGAGAGAAACUUGUCAACGUUUUAUCUUUGUGUGGACAAGAAGUUGGACUCACCAAAAAUCCUUCAGUGAUUUUCUCCAGCUGUGGAGAACUGGACCUCAUGGAGCACCAGCCCAGCCUGGUGUCCUCCGACGAGGGGACCCGAGAAGCGGACACGGUGGACGACACGGCCUCAGAGCAGCAGUUCCGAGUCUUCAGGGACUUUGACUUCCUGGAUGUGGAGCUUGAAGAUGGAGAGGGGGAGACCAUGGACAACUUCAACUGGGGCGUACGCCGACACUCAGUGGACAGCCUGGACCAGAGUGACCUUCACACCCUGGAGGAGAGCCACCUGUCCAGCAGCAUGCCCAGCCUGAGCCGCAUCACGCCCGAAGAGGACUCCGACGAGUCCUCCGAGGAGGAUUCGCUCUCUGUCGGCCGGAUUCUCUCCCAGUCUCAGCUUGCCGUCAGCCUCUCCCCAACCUCUGAGAUCAACACCAUGGACUCCUUUUGUAACGCAACCUCAGUCGAGUCCACGCCGCCGAGCGCCAAAAAUCCCACUUUCGAGGUCCGACUUCCAGAGGACUCGAAGCAGCGGCACGGCUUUUUACAAGAGGAUGAAGAUGCGUCGCUCUCCGGCAUUGAUCUCCCCCCUGAAUUUCACUGCGGCGACGCAUUAGUGCCGGACGCCGCUCACGGUUUCUACAAAGAGCUGGACCUUGACUGCUGCUUGCCCAGUCUCGCCGAGGACGAAACGGAAGACGCGCCGGAGUCCGCCUCAUCUCCGCCGCCCUCGCCUUUCUUUUCGGCCAUCCUGGCGGCGUUCCAGCCGACGGUGUGCGACGACGCCGAGGAGGCCUGGCGGACUCACCUCGGCCAGCUGGUGUCCGACUUGGACGGCUCCUGCGCGGUCUACACUUUCCACGUGUUCUCCUCCCUCUUCCAGAGUCUCCAGAACAAAUUUAGCUCCCUGACCUGCGACGCCGUCAGUUACCUUGGCGACAGCCUGGGAGGAUUAGGGUCAAAGUUCCUGAGGUCAUCUCAAAUGCUGACGUGUGCCGAGUGUCCCGCAUUGUUUAUGGAUGCAGACACAAUUACGUCCUAUGGACUCCUUGAGAAAAUGAAAUUCAGCGUGUUGGAGCUUCAGGAGUAUCUGGACACGUACAACAGCAAAAAGGAGGCAGCGCUGACCUGGCUCAGCAACUGCAAAGCCACUUUUCCCAGAAGUCCCGGCAUUGCUGUGCCCACACGUCAACCAGCCGAGCAGGAGGAAAUGCAAAUGGAAUCUCUGGCUCAACUGGAGCUCUGUCAAAGACUCUACAGACUCCACUUCCAGCUCCUGCUGCUUUUCCAGUCCUACUGUAAGCUGAUUGAGCAGCUCCAUGCCAUAAGCUCCAUUCCCAAACUAAACAAUGCGUCCAGGGAGCUGACGGAGCUGAGGAGCCACCUGAGAGCGGCGUUAAUGGCGGAUGACGACAAAGCGGCUGGUCGUUCAUAUGAGCCUUCAACCUUCAGCUCCUCCGAAGCGGCCGUGCAGGCCAUCCUUGAAUCGCUGAAGAGCAGCACCUUCACCGCGGCUAUUCACUAUAUCAGGGAGUGCAGAGCAACAUGGCCUAAUGACAUCUUUGGCAGCCAUUGCGAGGAUGAGGUCCAGACUUUACUGAACAUCUACUUCCGCCAUCAAACCCUGGGUCAGACGGGGACAUUUGCGCUGGUGGGCUCAAAACAAGACUUGUCGGAAAUCUCCGCCAAGUUAAUGGAACUCAACGCAGAGAUGCGGGACAUGAUCCGGCAAGCGCAGGGCUACCGAGCCAUCACGGCUUUCCUCCCGGACGCCAAGGUCUCGGGAUCGAGUCUGUGACGGCGAGACCACCACCACUUAGGAAUAACAAAUAUCAGAAUAUUCUAAUGUAUUCACACAUUUUAGCAAUAUUGAGAGGUUGCCGUCAGAUAUUAUUGCACUAACGCAGGGGUGGGCAAACUACGGCCCGGGGGCCACAUCCGGCCCGCCAAGUGUUUGAAUACGGCCCGCCCAAUCUUUCCAAAGUAUUUCAUUUAAACUCAACAUACAACCUGGCAUCAUGGCCUGAGCCAACCUUUUGAUGGUUUUAUCAAUUUUGUUUUUUGACAUGGUCUGUUGUUUACAAAGUGCUCCUGAAAAAAGGGACACAAGCACAUAAUAAUAAUAAUAAUAGUAAUUAUUAUUAUUAUUAUUGGAUUAUUAGAUUAUUAUAAUUAUUAUUAGAACUAUUAUGAUUAUUAUAAUUAUUAUAUUAAUGCUAAUUAUUAUAUUAAUUAUAUAUAAUAUUAUUUUUAUAUUUGCAUAUUUUACAUAAUAAUAAUAUAAUAAUAAUUAUUUUAAUUUUAUUGUAAUUAUUAUAAUAUUUUAUUAUUUUAAAAAUAUUUUAAUAUAAAUAUAAAAUAAUAAAUAAUAAUAGCAGAUUGCAUGACAAUUUUACAGAUACAAUAAUACCAGGUGGACUGUUACGUGUAAAAUAUAUAGUCUGCCCCCCCCCCCCCCCCCCCUGUAAAUUUUGUCAUAUCAAUGCGGCCCGCGAGUCAAAAAGUUUGCCCACCCCUGCACUAAUGGAUGCUGUCACUCAGCAACAAUGUUCACGUUUUUCACAAUACAGCAUACCAAAGCUUUGCAACUCAUCUUAAACUGUCAAAGGGGAAUUGUGCAAUUUUUCACACACGUGGAAGGCUUUUACUGUACAGUGAAAGAAUGUAUUUGAAUAUCACAAAAAAAACAUAAUAAGGGAGGCUUGGUUACUUUGUGUGUUUGCGUGCUUGAGUGUGGGAUUUAAGGUGUUUUGAAUGGGACUGAUAGAUUUACAUGAACUGUUGUUGAAGUACUUGGAAAUGCUGCAGAUCUACUGUCAUGUCUCCUUUCCCGGGUCAUGCAUUACUUCACACUUUACUGUACAUUGCAGCUUUUCAGCACACGACAAAUUAUUUAUAUUUAUAUAUAUAAAACAGAUAAAAAGGAAACUAUUUUAUUGAACCGUGUUAAGCUUGCACAUUCUAUAUAUUAAUGUUUAAGAACAAAUAUUUUCAUGGAAUAAUUGUACAUAGAGCUAUUUGAAGCUUUAUCCGUGUCACAAGAUUGUAUUUUUAUGAACUUUAAAAUUAGAGUAGAUAGUUACAUUAUUUUUAAAGCUUUCCAGAGGAAUUGUCAGUAUAGUGUGUCUGAUGUUGUACAUAGUCUUGCCUUUGCAAUGUAUUGAAAGCUGUGUUCUGUACACUUGUGUAACAAUAAAAAAACAUACAUUUGAUACUAUA